ACCGUGAGCCCAUUCAUCCUUUGUGGUAAUUCCGUGAUCUGAGCGUUUUGCUCCACCACCCACGGCUUCCCGCUGACCAAAGAGAUCCCACUGUAUAUUUCCUGUUACAUUUAUCUACCCCUCCUCAGAAGCUCCCCAACCCCAUCUCAUCAACUGAUGAUUACACGUACACUUUGCCUCCUACAUUCAUGUUUUCCACACCCACUCACGUCCCCUGCCUAGUGCCUAUCCUUAGUCUCCCCUCCCUGUGGGUGUAGCCAGUGUCUGGUAACGGGUAUAUGGAUUAUCCGAGUUUGCCAGCAGCAAUAUCUACUGGGAUAAAGCCUUUUACACAGCACCGCUCUGUUCAUCUCUUCCCACUUACUAGUAUGGCCAUGUUUCACAUUAAGAAGAUUUGCUGCAUUGGUGCCGGCUAUGUUGGAGGGCCAACAUGCAGUGUCAUUGCCCAGAUGUGUCCAGAUAUCAAAGUGACUGUUGUUGAUGUGAAUGAAACGAGGAUCAACGCCUGGAACUCGGACACAUUGCCCAUCUAUGAGCCAGGUCUUAAAGAAGUGGUAGAAUCCUGCAGAGGCAAAAAUCUUUUCUACUCUACUGAUAUCGACAGUGCCAUACAGGAGGCAGACUUAGUUUUCAUAUCGGUUAACACUCCGACUAAGACCUAUGGGAUGGGUAAAGGGCGUGCAGCAGAUCUGAAGUACAUUGAAGCCUGUGCUAGACGUAUUGUGCAAAAUUCAAAUGGUUAUAAAAUAGUUACAGAAAAGAGCACGGUACCAGUACGCGCAGCAGAGAGCAUCCGGCGGAUAUUUGAUGCCAACACUAAACCUAAUCUGAACCUACAGGUGCUUUCUAACCCAGAGUUUUUGGCAGAGGGAACAGCGAUUAAGGAUCUAAAGAAUCCAGACAGGGUUUUGAUUGGUGGAGAUGAAACCCCCGAGGGGCAGAAGGCUGUGCAAGCUCUAUGUGCAGUUUAUGAGCACUGGGUCCCCAAAGAAAAAAUAAUUACAACCAACACCUGGUCAUCAGAGCUGUCAAAACUGGCUGCCAACGCUUUCCUAGCUCAGAGAAUCAGUAGCAUUAACUCAAUAAGUGCCUUGUGUGAAGCAACAGGAGCAGAUGUAGAGGAGGUUGCAAGAGCCAUUGGGAUGGACCAGAGAAUUGGAAAUAAAUUCUUGAAAGCCAGUGUUGGUUUUGGAGGUAGCUGCUUUCAGAAGGACGUCCUGAACCUAGUGUACUUGUGUGAGGUUCUGAACCUGCAUGAGGUAGCGAGGUACUGGCAGCAGGUCAUUGAUAUGAAUGACUAUCAGAGAAGAAGGUUUACCUCACGGAUUAUUGACUGCCUUUUCAACACCGUCACAGACAAAAAAAUUGCUGUUCUUGGCUUUGCAUUCAAGAAAGACACUGGAGAUACCAGGGAGUCAUCCAGUAUUUACAUAAGCAAAUACCUCAUGGAUGAAGGUGCCAGACUGUAUAUUUUUGAUCCAAAGGUUCCAAGAGCGCAAAUCAUUAUGGACCUAUCUCAGCCUGGAGUUGCUGCUGAUAACCGAGUUUCAGAGCUGGUUCAUAUUACUACAGACCUUUAUGAAGCAUGUGAUGGUGCCCAUGCAAUAGUUAUUUGUACAGAGUGGGACAUGUUUAAGGAGCUGGACUUUCAUCGUAUCCACAGUAAGAUGCUGAAGCCAGCAUUCAUUUUUGAUGGAAGACGGGUCCUUGAUGAUCUUCAUGGGGAGCUUCAAAACAUUGGCUUCCAGGUCGAGACCAUUGGGAAAAAGGUAGCAUCCAAGAGAAUUCCAAUCCCAUUUACACCUACAGCCGAUAUUCCAAAAAUAACUCUGCAAGAUCAUCCUCAUAAGAAGCCCAGAGUAUAAGAGAUUUUUUUUUUUUAAAUUCUGUACCGAUUAGCUAUGAUCAAAUAUUUUGUGGUAUAUCUACAGAACGUACACAUCUAGUCAACGGCAUAUCUACAGAACGUACACAACUAGCAAAUGAAAAACGGUUCAAAGUAGAACAGCUCUUUAAAAAAACAAAAAUAGAGAAUUGAAUUCUUGCUAAUACAACUCGAUUUUCAAAGAUUAUUGUUUAAACGUUCACCAAUGCCAUCCCUGCUACAUAAUUUAUUUGUAAAUAAUUCACUUAACACUCUACACACAUUAUGGAUUACGUUGUUAUAAAAUGAAGACCAAAAAACUUUCUGCUAACUUAAUACAAUUUUUUUUUCUUUAUUUCCUUGCAAAUAUAAGAACAAAGUGAAGAAAAAAAGGCCAACAAGUUUUAUAUAUGGUAAAUCAUUAUACCAAUCGGGAAAGGGGGGGGGGGGGCAAAAUUACUUUAUCUAUAACUCUUGUGUAAUUUAGAAGAAAUUAAACUAGAUUAAUCCUAUCUUUGACUUUAUAAAUGACAACUUUUCUACUAGGUUAUUUAUAGGAAUAUUUUGAAUUUGAUAUUUUGAACCUUUUUAUAUAUAUAUAUAUUACAAUAUUAAACGUAUAUUUUUAUAAUCUUAUAUCUAGUCAAUACAGGAAUGGGGGAAAACAUCACAAAAAAAAAACUAAACAAAUCUUAACAAAAUUACAUGAUUUAUCAUUCCUCUGUAUUUUAUAUUUACAUCGGUAUAGAAAGGAAUAAUGUACCCAGUCUUUUACCGGUUCAUCUGUAAUUCGCAGUGUUGCAUUUUUACUACAUGCCCGUUUUUUGUUCACUCAUAUAAAUAGAAGUUACCAGUUAGAAUGAGAUUCCGAUAAAAACGUUAUGCCAACAUUUUGAGUGUCCCUUCUUAGGUAAUGCUUUGUGUACUAGUAAGAAAAAAAAUGUCAUGCAAUGUGGCUUUGAUAUGAAGAUCCUCAUUGGAUAAUAACCAGCAUGUGGUAUCUGCUCUAUGAGCAGACAGUUCUUGUGUUUUGAAAUCUUAAAACAAAAAUAGAAUUUAUACAUUGUAUUUAAAGGCUGCUACAACAGUAAAAUGCCUUUUUCUAAUAAGGGUAUUCAAUGCUAUGUAUAAUAAUAGUGCAGGUAAUUUUGUUUAAAGCCACAACAAAUUGUUUGACCAGUGAGCUAAUUGACCGAGUUAAGCAUUUAAUGCCUUUUUUUAAUGUAACCUGGCAACGUGAUCAGAUGCUGUAUUUCACUAUAUAUUAUGUAUAAUAAAUAUAUUGAUUUUUUUUGGAACAGCA